AUGGAAUCAUAUAUAAGGAGGCUUGGGCUUGAAACUGUUAUUGCUAAUGUGUCUGGCAAGAUUUGGGCUUUUGUGGAUGAAGAGUAUGAAACUACAAUACUUAUUAUUGACAAUGUGCAACAGCUUACUUUGAAGCUAUUUAACUGGGAUCUUGAUAUAGAGUUGGUGGUUACUUUAGUUUAUGCUAAAUGUGACAGAACUGAGAGAAUAGAACUGUGGGAUUCCUUGUCUUAUUUGGCCUCAGAUAUAACAACACCUUGGCUUUUUGGAGGUGAUUUUAAUGUUAUUGUUGAUGAGGAAGAGAAAUAUGGUGAGUUGCCUGUAUCAAUAGCUGAGGUUGAAGACUUUAGACAUUGUAUUCAGAUAUGCAAUUUGACAGAUUUGGGGUACAAAGGAAGUAUUUAUACAUGGUGGAAUGGGAGAGGUGGGGAUGAUUGUGUGUUCAAAAGACUUGACAGGUGUCUAGGUUUUUUUGAAUGGCAAGAGUUGUAUCCAGGACUAGAGGUGAGUCAUUUGAUAAAAAAUGGAUCGGAUCAUUCUCACAUGUUGCUUGCUUUCAAAAAAGAAGUGCAACAGUACAAGAAGUCAUUUAAGUUUCUGAAUUUCUGGACCAAACAUGAAUCUUUCAUGGAUGUGGUUAAGGAAAAUUGGAACACAGAAGUUGAAGGCAUUUCUUUCUGGAGAUUCAAUCUGAAAAUGAAGAAUAUGAGGAAAAUGUUGUCAACUUGGAGUAGAUCCACUUAUAGAGGCUUUUUUCAGAAAGUAACAAACAUGGAGGAGGUUAUCAGGGCUCAAGAGGCUAUGUUUGAAGAAAAUCCUUCAUUUGUGAACAAAGAAAAACUCAAUAAAGUUAAUACCGAAUAUACACCAGUAUUAGCUAUUGAGGAAGAAUAUUGGAAGCAAAAGGCUGGGAUGUCUUGGUUCCAAGAUGGGACAAGAACUCCAAAUUCUUUCAUGCUCAAGUCAAUGUUGGAGAUUGAUCAGGAAAUUGCUGAAGAGGCAGUUAGAUUCUACCUGGAUCAAUUUCAUGAAACUGCUAUUCCUACUGAGUUUGAUAUACUUCAGCAUGUUGAUCCUAGCAUAAAUGCAAAACAAGACCAGAUGCUGGUGGCUAUGCCUAUCAUACAAGAGGUGAAAGAUGUUGUUUUUGGCCUAAAUCCUACAAGUGCUGGUGGACCUGAUGGAUAUACAGUCAUGAAGUUGGAUAUGACUAAAGCUUAUGAUAAGCUGUCAUGGGGAUUCUUGACUAGUGUUCUGAGGAAAAUAGGAUUUGGAGAGAAUUUCAUUGUCCAUAUAUGGGAGUUAGUAGCUAAUAACUGGUAUUCAGUGUUGAUCAAUGGUCAACCACAUGGUUUUUUUCACUCCACUAGAGGUGUUAAACAAGGUGAUCCACUGUUACCUACCUUGUUUAUAAUAGUUGCAGAAGUUCUUUCAAGAGCACUGAAUUCAUUGCAUCAAAAUCAAGGAUUCUGUGGAUUUGGUAUGCCAAAAUGGAGUCCAAGAAUCAAUCAUUUAUGUUAUGCUGAUGAUACCAUUAUUUUUGCAUCAGCUUGUGAGAUAUCUUUGAAAAUGAUCAUGGAGGUACUUGCAGACUAUGAAAAGGCUUCAGGUCAGCUGAUUAAUAAGGCAAAAAGUGCAGUGUACUUGCAUGAUAGAGUUGAUGAGAUUGAGUUUCAGAGGGUUGAAAGGAUAACAAGUAUUGGAAGGCAGGCCUUUCCUAUAAUAUAUAUAGGUUGUCCUAUUUAUUACAGCAGGGCCAAGAUGGCAUUCUACUCAGCAUUGAUCACAAGAAUAAGAGGCAAGUUGCAAGGUUGGAAAGGGAAGUUACUUUCAUUUGGUGUUAGAGCAGUAUUGUUUAAGCAUGUUCGGCAAACUAUGCCCAUGCAUUUGUUGUCUGCAAUAUAUACUCCAUCCUUUGUGGAAAAUGGUCUUGGAUUCAGAUCUUUGAAUGACAUGUCCUUGGCUUUAUUUGCCAAGCUCUGGUGGAACUUCAGGACCAAGCCUUCCUUAUGGAAUGCAUUUAUGGGAAAUAAGUACCUCAAGAAGAAUAACUCAAUUCUGGUUCCUUGGAAACAAGGAUCAUUGGUUUAG